CAUAGUGAGUGUCUGAGCAUUAUCUGAUGCAUGUGAGCAGUGCCAGCGCUUCAAACAUCGCUAAACUCCAGCUCUAGUGCACAUCUUAGCCAGCCACUCAACUCACUGACCUCACGUCUGCAACAUUCACAUGAAAGCCCUAAGAGCGAGACUCGGCAUCUGACCUGCAAAAACACACUUGAUUAACCCACGAACAAAAACAUUCUCAUCUUUAUAAGCAACAGCGAAUAGUAACAACAUUAUUUACUUAAAAAAAAAAAAAAAAAAAUACAAGGACCCGUUAAAAAAAAUCCGAAACCUUUUAUUUGCAUCCACAGUAAUUGGUGAAAACAGGCUGUGUGAAGAAGAGGGAGAAAGGAAAGAAAAUGCGUGUCCUGGUUGGUGUGAUUGGUUUCAUGGGUCUUUGGAUUAUGUCUGACAGUACAACAUUGACAACUAGUGACUCUGAAAGUAACCCAACUACGACAAUGUUAUCUUCAGAUUCCAGUACAUCAACAGUCAUCACUUACACCACAUCUCAACCAGCUUCUACUGCCACUCCUGUGACUAUCACUGCAAAUCAAACUCAUGGAAUGUCAAGUGAAAAACAAUCUAACUCAUCUACUUCAUCUAGCCCAUCUACUAUAUCUAGCCCAUCUGCUUCAACUAGCCCAUCUACUUCAACUAACCCAUCUACUCCAUCUAACCCAUCUACUCCAGCUAGCCCAUCUGCUUCAGCUAGCCCAUCUACUUCAACUAGCCCAUCUACUUCAACUAGCCCAUCUACUUCAACUAGCCCAUCUACUUCAACUAGCCCAUCUACUUCAACUAGCUCAUCUACUUCAACUAGCCCAUCUACUUCAACUAGCUCAUCUACUUCUAGCCCAUCUGCUUCAUCUACUUCAUCUAGCCCGUCUAUUUCAUCUACUUCAUCUAGCCCAUCUACUUCAUCUAGCCUAACUGCUUCAAAUAGCCCAUCAAUGUCUAACCCAUCCACUUCAACUAGCCCACUUGUUUUAACUACCGCAUCUGCACCAGCUAGCCCAUCUAUAUCUAGCCAAUCUACUUCAACUAGCUCUUCUACUUCAACUAGCCCACCUACUUCAACUAGCCUUACUUCAUCUCACACACCUACUUCAACUAGCGCUUCUACAACAGGUAGCACAUUAAACUUACCAAGUUCAUCAACUCCUGGAUCUGCAGAAAAUACAUCAAGAAGAUCUGCCUCAACUGUUACCACCUCUUCAGCAGCACCACUGAGAUCACAGGUAGAAUGUGUUAACGAAAAAGAUGAAAGUACUGAAUCUACAUGGAUUUUAAAUAACAGAACAUGUGAAGAGUUUAAAGCAUCAGAAGGAUUGAAAGUGGCAGAAAAGUUGUGUUCCAGGUUGAACAUCAGCUCCAGUUGUAGCCUAAAAAUGAGGAACACAAAGAAUGGAGCCGAACUCUUGGGCCUUACUGUUAACAUGAAUCAAGAUAACGUGAAACAGAAAUUUGGUGAUCUAAAUGCUUUUCUACAUGAGUUCAAUGAAGAAAAACCCUCUGGUGACUAUUCUACAUUGAUUGUGAUUCUCCUUUCGAGCGGAGUUCUUCUGUGCAUAAUCAUUGGCUUCGCUGUGUAUGCUGCACGUCAAAGAAGAUCCUAUAGGAACAAACGGCAUCAACUCACAGAAGAGCUACAGACUGUUGAAAAUGGUUACCAUGACAACCCUACACUGGAGGUAAUGGAGGUCCAGCCUGAGAUGCAGGAGAAGAAGGCCAACCUGAACAGUGAUGAUGGCUAUAUUGUUCCAAUUGACAACCUCACCAAGGAGGAACUAGAUGGGGAAGAGGACACCCACUUAUAAACCAAACGUUCAACAGACUGUACAGAAUGAUAUAUUUUCAUAGAAGGCUUACUUCUAUUACGUGACAGAUUUAGAGCUCUGCUGUAGAACUGCAGCAAUUAUACUCACUCUCCGCUCCACUCCUUAAAAUGUAUUAUAUUGAGAAUAUUGUGCUUCAGUUUGAAAAAUGUUUGUAUUUGUAGAAUGACCUUGAAAUGAAAAUUUUUGUAGAAAGCUGACUGGCAUUUUUUGCAGACUUUUGUGAAAUGUACCGAACAAAGUUAUGAAUGUGUUCAAAUUUAAUCUGUGACAUCAAUGCCAAGUGUUAAAGUUUAGGUAACACAUUAAUUGUCCAUUGUCAAAAUACUGCAUCAGGGGUCGGCACCAUGUUGGGUGUGACGGACAUUUAAAAAAAAAAAAUAAUACAUCUUGGCCACUGACAAACAAAGUUCUGUACAAUUCUGUGUGUGUUAGACGUAUUCACUGCCAUGGACAAGUUGUCGACCCCUGUAUUGCAUGUAAUUAUUCAAUAAUUACGAAGUGGUUACAAAAUUAUGUAGUGGAAUCUUUUUGGUAGGUUAGAUAUAGACAUACAUAUGUAUUUUUAACCCCUACCCUGAACUUUUUAUGAGGUUUGCAAUCAUUUGGAAUGCUUCCAAGUUCUAUUUUGAGAUUGUUCAAUCUAACUGGCUUGCUUGCAGGCUUAUCACCCUGUAUACACUAUAAACAAGUAAACCUGUGUGUUUCUAAACUUUAAUUUACAACACCAAAUGAUUGUGUUAUGUAUGUGAAAAAGUUUAAUACAAUCCUUAGUCUGUGAAUCAAUUAUAUGCUGUCUAUAUAAGGUAAUAGUCACUUGAAAGUUACCACAUUUACAACUAUACAGGAGUUAUGAGCCUGCGUGUGAAAAAACACACGCAUAGCAUCUACACCUUUUCUGAUAGCCUGCUACAAGGUUUAACAGGAAGGAAAAACAAUUAAAUAAUUCUGAAUGUUUAUGAAAUGCGUACAGGAUUCCGAUUUUUUUUUUCUUUUUUAAACAAUCAAUGUCUUUUUUUUUUUCUAAUAAUUACAUUGUGGCUAAAAAAUCCAGAGCAGCAGAAUGUGGCAGUGUGCUGCAAGUUUCACAGUGCCAUGGGUGUGGUGCAAAGUGGCCAAAACAUCUCUGUAGACUAGAACGCUUCUGAACCCUCCAAGAUACCCAAACAACUACUGCCAAAUUUCUGGGUGGGCAAUACCUAGGGGUCUGAAGAUCACGUUAGGUUUUCAUUACCCACUAAAUGGUGUGUGGGUGUGGGUGUGUGUGUGUUGAGAUCACUUUCUAUUCUAUUAAUUCCCAAUUAGAUUUUUUUUUUUUGCUGCUUAAUAACUAAGAUUUUUACAGAAUACUUUGAGACACAAUCUAUGCAUUUAAAUUGAAGAACUUAUUUCUUCCAAGACAGAACGUUACUUAUUUCUUGAUAAAGACCGAGUGGAUAUUUAAAAAAAAAAAAAAAAAAAAAAUGUUUUA